ACGGAAACUAUAGCCUGUAGCAGUUAUCAUUAGUGCGUCUGGGUGGUGUCUGUCUAUCAUGCAACACUUUAAGCUAUGGAGAUCUCUGUUUCUGAUGACCGUCUUGUACCAGCUUGGGAUGUCGGGCAAAUACGGUUGUCUCUUUGAGAGGAGGCUGUGUACCAGAGAGCAGUUCUGCUCAGAUGAUGGGCUGUUUGGGCAGUGCCACAGCUCUAAACAGGACCAGGUUCAGUACCAGGUGUCUGUUCCAGUCCUGAAGAGGAUGCAGGAGGUUCUUAAACAGCUCAUGCUACAAGGUCUCUCCUGGCAGGAUGACAUUACCCAGUACAUUGUAGCCAAAGAGCUGAGUCGAGUCCCCCAUACCCCACGCUCCCCCAAGGCCCCCUCCUCCUCUUCCUCCUUAUCCUCCUCCUCACAACAGACCCCGUCUAAAGGAGCCCCUCAUCCCAGCUCCAAGUCGGCCUCUCCCCCAGACGACUACGUGGACUAUAUGAUCGUAGACCCCCCCCAGUCCGCCCUCCGCAUGCAGACCUCCCCCAUGGACCCCUACGCCUACCACCAGCACAGAUACCAGGAUGACCUUGAGAGAUCCCUUCAUCCCAUUGAAGGAGGGGCUUAUCCCCGCCCACCGUCCAGGUCCCAGGCCAAUCAGAGGGAGAGGGACCGCCAGGUCCUUAAGGACGUCAUCUCUCACUACCUGGCCUCCUCCCCUGACCCUGGCCAGUCAUCCUAUCACCAGCAGGGGGCGGCUGGGCCCUACUACCAGGACCUGGAGGUGGAUCUACCAGGAGCCUAUCUGGAGGACUAUUUAGCCCAGGCCCAGGCUCAAGCCCAAGCCCAGGCUCAAGCCCAGGCCCAAGCCCAGGCUCAAGCCCAGGCUCAAGCCCAGGCUCAAGCCCAGGCCCAAGCCCAGGCCCAGGCCCAAGCCCAGGCCCAGGCUCAAGUCCAGGCCCAGGCUCAAGCCCAGGCCCAUGCUGCCUCUGCCAAGCAGCACAGGAAGAAGGUUUCCCAGGAUUAUAGCUCCCUGUCUGGGAUAGAUGACGGCCUGCUACAGAGGAUGUGGGUGGUGCUGGAGAGGUAUGGAGUUGACCCCAGAGACCUGAGCCCCCAGCAGCUGUACAGACUGGCCCUGGUUCUGCAACUCCUGCAGGCAGAGGAGCUGGACAAGACAGGAUCCGGUCCUCUGGAGAAAGACCUGGUCACACUGAAGGAGACCCAGGUGGUGAAGACCAGUGACAAAGCGCCCAGCAAGCCGGAGAGCCCCCCAGCCCCCCCAGCUCCCGCCCCCGCCUCCUCUGCCCCGCAGCCAGCAGUCCCCCCCAGCCUGCCCCCGGCCCCCCUGCCCCCCCAGGACCCCCUGGGGACAGAGAAGGACAGGCCCUCAGGAGACGCUGUCACCGUCGUGCCACCAGGGGGGGCCGGAGAGGAGUACGGCUACAUUGUGACCAACCAGAGUCCUCUGAGUCUGUAUGACGGGGUCAAACUUCUGGAGCUUCUGGCUGAGAGAAUCCACCUGACCACAAGCAGCUUCAUCAACAUCAGUGUUGUAGGUCCGGCCCUGACCUUUCGGAUUCGUCAGAACGCUCAGAACUUGAGUGCAGCAGACGUCGCUGAGAAGGCUGUGUCUGAAAAAACCUUCCUGGAGUCAGAGACUAGCCUGAAGAUUAUCCAGACUGGUGUUGGAGAGAGGAGUGAUGCUCGGGGGUUGCCCCAGGCUACGCCGGUGAGUGAGGGCUCCAGCAGCGUGGUGUUGACCCUGGUUGCCAUGGCGUGCGUGGUAGGAGUCUUGGUGGUGGCGAUGGCCGUCGCCUGCCUCAGACACCACACCCAGCAGCUGGCCAAUGGGAAGCUGGGCCUGGGGCCCGAGGGCGGGGCCGAGACACACUUUGACUACCAGGAGUUGUGUCGGCAACACAUGGCUGCCAAGUCGUCUGUGGGUCGCGGGGAGACGGGGUCGGUGGCGGGGGCGGGGGGCCGGAGGGGCACGGACACCUCCAGGGUCAGCAGUGUGUCAUCUCAGUUCAGCGACGGGCCCCAGCACAGCCCCUCCUCCCAUAGCUCCACCCCCUCCUGGAGCGAGGAGCCCGCCCAGUCCAACAUGGACAUCUCCACCGGUCACAUGAUCCUGGCGUACAUGGAGGACCACUUGAAGAACAAGGACCGCUUGCAGAAGGAGUGGGAGGCCCUGUGCUCCUACCAGGCCGAGCCCAGCGCCGUCUCCCUGGCUCACAGCCUGGAGAACAUGGACAAGAACCGCAACCAUGACUUUGUUCCCUACGACCACUCGCGGGUGAAACUGAAGGUGGACCAGAACUCGACUAAGGAAGACUACAUCAACGCCAGCACCAUUAUCGACCACGACCCUCGCCUGCCCGCCUACAUCGCCACUCAGGGACCGCAGGCUCACACCAUCCCGGACUUCUGGCAGAUGGUGUGGGAGAAUGGUUGUACGGUGAUCGUGAUGAUGACUGCUCUGGUGGAGGAUGGAGAGAAACAGUGUGAGCGCUACUGGCCUGACGAAGGCUCCUCCCUCUACCACAUCUAUGAGGUGAACCUGGUGUCGGAGCACAUCUGGUGUAAGGACUUCCUGGUGCGUAGUUUCUACCUGAAGAACGUGCAGACCCAGGAGACCAGAACGCUGACCCAGUUCCACCUGCUCAGCUGGCCUGCCAGUGGCAUCCCCACCUCCACCCGCCCCCUGCUGGACUUCCGCAGGAAGGUGAAUAAGUGCUACCGUGGUCGCUCCUGUCCCAUCAUUGUCCACUGCAGCGACGGCACUGGCAGAACUGGAACCUACAUCCUGAUAGAUAUGGUCCUGAACCGCAUGGCCAAAGGGGUAAAGGAGAUUGACAUCGCUGCAACACUGGAGCACAUUAGAGACCAGAGGCCCAGUCUGGUGCACACCAAGGACCAGUUUGAGUUUGCCCUGACAGCCGUAGCUGAGGAGGUCAACGCCAUCCUGAAGGCCCUGCCUCAGUAGAGACCUACAGCUCCCUCUCUGACCACCCUUACACACACAACCACCCUACACACACACACACACCUUACACACACAACCCCUCCUUCACAACACUCUGACUAGGCUAUAACCCACCCUACACCUCCCCAGACCAGUCUACACCUCCCCUACACCCCCUACCUCCCCUAUACCUUCCUACACCUCCCCUACACCCCCUACCUCCCCUAUACCUCCCUACACCUCCCCUACACCCCCUACACCCCCUACCU